CUAGGGUGACGGUAUGUAAAAAUUAAAUACAUAAAUAAUAAUAUUUUUUUAAAAAAUAUGAAUACAUUUUGACCAAGAUAGUUAUGAAGAAAGAUUAUUUAUUUGCAAAAUGUUAUAAGAAAAACACUUUUUUUUUCAAAAUGUUUGAACUUUUUCAUUUAUAUAGCAAUAAAAUAAAAAUCCCAGCGGUGAAUAAAUACCACCAAAAUAAAUUUUUAUUUGUCUCAAAAAAAUGCUAAAAAAUAUCAUAUGGGUACAGUGUUGCAUGACCGCACAAUUGUCAUUCAAAGUGUGAUAGCGCUGAAAGCUGAAAAUUGGCCUGGACUGGAAGGGUGUGAAAGUGUCCGGCCUUGAAGUG